AUGCUCGUCAACAACGUCCUCCACCUCCUUUCCGCCCCGCUUGGCCAACCCAAGCCUGACCGCAAGAACCGCAGUUCCUUCAGCAAGCCCUACAAGCCCAAACCUCUGAUCUCCGCCUUGCAACGAUUUGUGAGGACAGAGAGGAGCUCUUCUCCUUCUCCCUCUCCGGUUUCAGAUGGAGAAGACUCGUCGUCGUCGUCUUCUGACGUAUCCCAGACCGAAGCUAAUGGCGAAGGAUCAGGUGCCCCUGUGCCACCAACCAUCACGGCCCAGGGAGCGAGUUGGGAGGGGACGAGAGAUGUGCCGAAUAUCAAAGACUCAGCCUUCAUGUUCCAUGAAUUGAGCGACAUUCGACUCUCUUAUCGGCGCCCAAUAAUGGCUGAUGUGAUGCAUCACCCAGAUGUUCAUCGUAGACUCCAGUUUCGACGCCUUCGUGACGCCAGGGCUGUUGGAACCGCGGCUUCUGCCGUGCCAUUCACUGUUCAGCCUACCCGCUCGCUUCUCAAACCAAUUUCUCACAUUACCCGGACCUGGUUGCGACUUCAACGCAUUGCAGAAGACAUCUUGGAAGAUGCUGAAAUGUAUCAUCACCUCGUUUACGCCCAGACCCCAGUCGGAAAAUACGAAGAGUAUCGUCACCGUUGGGACCUUUUUGUCGAGCGUCGUCCGCCUGCCCCUCUCCUUCGGUUCGCGGAUGUUCCGUGGCCCGUAGAUUGCGGGAGAGUCUUCACUCGCGAGCAAAUUACUGCCGGUCAAAUUCAUCGCUUCUUGGUUAGGCCGAAUACUUGCGAGGAGCUUGAAUGGGCGGCUGUGCAUCGUCUUGAGCUCGAGAUAGACAGAUGGAGUGCUGUUAACGUGGCACAGUAUCUCCUCCCCCGCGUUGCGAAGCCUGACCAUGACUGUGUCAGUGACGCGGCCAAACUCGCUGUCGUUCAUAUGGCGAAUAUCAGGGAGGAGUUACUGCAUCACUUCACCUCAUCUGGGCUAUCGCGUGCCCAUUUGAAGCUUCAGAGGUGGCAACGAAAACAAGAGGAAAUGGAGGCAGCUAAACAAGGAUAA